GAAUGUUAAUAAAAAAAAAAAACUGAAAAACAAUCACUACUGAAAAAUUUAUUUAAAAAAAAAAAAAAGGUGAUAGUUUUGAACUUUUUGAUUUAAAAUAGUUGAGGAUCUGAUGAUGCUCGGCUGCCUCUUCAUUCUGAAAUUUGGUUCAUUCCAGUCAGAAUAUACGUUUUAAUAAUGUCAAAGAAAACACCCUUUUACUUGUCUUCUUUACUGAGGAGCUAUGUUUCAAUGUGUCAGAUUCCUCAAGUUAGGCAAACCCAUGCUCAAAUCAUCGUCCACGGUUUCCUUUUCAAUCUCACUCUCCAAACUGACCUCUUAUUGGCCUAUUCGAAGUGUGGUUCUCUCCCUCAUGCUCGCCAAAUGUUUGAUAAAAUGCCUGAGAGAAGCAUGCAUUCCUGGAACAUUUUGAUCUUCUCGUACGUCCAGCAUUCAAUGUUUUCUGUUGCUUUGGAUGUUUUUGCGAAUUUUAGGCAAAUGGGUCUUCGACCCGAUCAUUAUACAUUACCUCCUCUGUAUAAGGCGUGCGCAGGGAUUGGAGAUGAAUUUCUGGGUAGGUUGCUUUAUGGGUGGGUGAUUAAGCUCGGGCUUGAUGGAUACGUAGUUGUGAGCAGUUCGUUCUUGGAUUUCUGUAUAAAAUGUGGAUGUAUAACAGAUGCCAAACGGGUAUUUUCUUAUAUGUCUUGCAAAGAUUCUGUUGCGUGGAGUUUGAUGAUUUCUGGGUUUGGAAGAGCUGGUUUGUAUAGGGAUUCUCUGAAUUGUUUUAGAGAAAUGCUUGUAGCUGGAGUUAAGAUAGAUGCAAUGACAAUUCCUAGUGUUUUAAAUGCUUGUGGUGGAGAUGGAGACUUGAUUAAAGGGAAAGAAAUUCAUGGCCGAGCAAUUAAGAAUCGUUUGUAUGAUACAGAUGUUGCGAUUGGGAAUUCAUUGAUUGAUAUGUAUUCGAAAUGUGGGUGUUUAGAUGAUGCAGAAAAAGUUUUCAGGAGCAUGAACAAUAUCAACUUAGUAACCUGGACUACAAUGAUAUCUUGUUAUGGAGUUCAUGGAAAAGGAGAGGACUCUUUACUCCUGUUUAAGAAAAUGAUAGGUUGUGGAUUCACACCAAAUCCCAUAACACUAACGGCAGUGUUAGCUAGUUGCAGCCACUCAGGUAUGAUAGAUGAAGGGAGGGGAAUUUUUAAUUCUAUAAGAUUAGUUUACGGGCUUGAACCAAGUGUAGAACAUUAUGCAUGCCUGGUGGACCUUUUGGGUCGUUUUGGGUACCUUGAUGAAGCACUUGGAUUAGUAAAGAAUAUGCAAACAAUGGCGCCUGCGAGUGUUUGGGGUGCCCUACUUGCUGGUUGUAUGAUGCACAAAAAUGUUGAGAUUGGAGAAAUUGCAGCAAAUCGACUUUUUGAAUUGGAACCUAGAAACUCUAGCAACUACAUAGCCUUGUGUAGUAUUUAUGAUUCUCUCAGUUUGUGGGAUGGUGUUGCUGCAGUUAGAGCAAAAAUGAAGGAAUUGGGCUUGGUCAAAACUCCUGGUUGUAGCUGGAUAACCAUUUAUGGAACAGUUCAUAAGUUUUACCAAGGAGACCAUUCUCAUCCUUCAACUUUGCUGAUAUAUGAAACAUUACACAGAAUGGUUAAAGUAGCGUCAUUAGCUAGUGAUUUUUGAAAGGGAUAUUACCUGUGUAUGCCCUUAUUUUGGAAUCUAUGACAGGUUCUUCAAAGAAUGAUUAAGAGUCUUUGUUCUUGUAAAAUGCACGUGGAGGUAUGAUGAGUAGACCCAGAGGAUUCCCCUACUUCAAUUGCCCGAGGAUAAUGGCCAUGUGGAGAUUUAACUUGUGAUCCUUCCAUUACCUUUUCAGUUUUCUUGAUUUCUUCUUCUAUAUGGAUAUCUUCUUCAAUGGUUAGUAUCUUCAUUUUUUCACCAUGCGGACCAGCAACACAGAGCAACUGAGAGGAAAGCAAGGAAGAAUAAACCACCAAGUGAAACAAAGACAACAAUUAUAACAGUUGAAUGGUGUCCUGGCGCUGGUGGUGGAGGUGGGACAACGUGAGGCGGUGGAGGAGGAUAGAGAGGACGAGGUGGUGGGAUUAAAGGAUGAGGAGGUGGUGAUGGUGGAGGAGGAGGACGAGGACGAGGUGGUGGUUUGACCGAUGGUGAUGGUGGUGUGAUUGGUGGACGAGGUGGUGGUUUGAUAGAUGGUGAUGGUGGUGUUUUGGGGGGACGGGGUGGUGGUGUGAUUGGUGGACGAGGUGGUGGUUUGAUUGAUGGUGAUGGUGGUGUGAUUGGCGGACGAGGUGGUGGUUUGACUGAUGGUGAUGGUGGUGUGAUUGGUGGACGAGGUGGUGGUUUGACCGAUGGUGAUGGUGGUGUUUUUGGGGGGCGAGGUGGUGGUUUCACAGUUGGUGAAGGCGGUGUGAUUGGAGGACGAGGUGGUGGAUUGAAAGAGUGAGGUGGCGGUGUAGCCGGAGUUGGGAAUGGUGAAGGUCGAGGUUUAAUGGGAGUGUGGGGCGGAGCAACAUUUGGAGGGAAUGGAAAGUUAUGAGGUGGUGAUGGAGGAUAGUUGGUUGGUGGUGGCAGAGGAAAAACAGGGAACUUGAGGUCAUCGUUACCGGUAGAAGCCAUAUUGAUGUGAAAAGCUUACAGGAGUUUUGUUGCAGGAAUGUUGUUAUGAGACUCGCUUGUGUUUGAUGAUGGAGAAUAUGGCAAGUACUUAUACCUAUCUGUUUGAUAGUCUUGAGUAAAAGGGGUUUGAAUUGAGUACUUCUAAGCUUUAAUGACUUGACUCUCAUGCCAAGGCUUUGCAGGGUUGUCUUUGGUUGCAUUGAAAAACACUUCUUAAGUUUUUGUUUCUAUUUUAUUGCAUGGUUUUUCUUUUAGAGAAGAUGAGAGUCCUAUUGACCAAAUAUAUGUGAAUUCUAGUAUUCAUCAUGAGUUUAACUUUUGAAAGCAAAUAUUUUAA